AUGUCACUACGUUCAAAAGCUGCUCGAUUCAAGGACGCCGAUCGACGCGUUCAGCGUUCAAACACUGCCCAACCGUCCAACAAUCUCGCCGCGUCUGCUUCUCGUACCCUGGAAGAGAUCUCCGUCUCCACACAUGGCGAAACGAGGUCAACAGCCUUUCUUCCACCUCUCCUCGAGAAGGUAGCACCACAGACGUCCCAACCCUCUCAUCCUCGCGCUACGCUGUCCAACAUCGAAGUCAAAGAACCUGCUGUUAGUUCUACGAAGCAAGAACCUGCCCCCUCACAGACCACUGCACUUAUCAACGAGUUUGAGGCAGCACUUCCGCGGCUCAUUGCGCUGGUUUUCGAAGCCACUGUGAAGACCGAAGGUCUGGAGGAGCAAUGCGAGUGCGGAGACGGCCGUCGCACCGUUACGUGCCGCGACUGUGUUCUAUAUCCGCUCACCUGUGUGAGGUGCUUUGCGAGUUCUCAUAAGCAUCAUCCUCUGCAUUGGGCCGAGGCGUGGAACCCCGAAGCUCGCUGUUUCGAGCGCAAGGAUAUUUCCGAGCUUCUGCCCCUCGCAUCUGCCACUCCUUUUACUGUCGACCUUGGCCACAGCGGCGCCAACUGCAAUGCUCACUCCUCCCCUAUUCCCAUGACUCUUGUGGACGUCAACGGUAUCCACAAGGCCAACGUGCGGUUCUGUACCUGCCACGGCAUCCACGAGCGUGUCUCGCAGCUUGUCAAGUCCGGCUUCUUCCCCGCAACGCUCACACAACCACGUACUGCAUUCUCGUUCUCGGUCCUCCGCCAGUUCCACCUCGUCCAACUCGAGGGGAAAAUGUCAGCAUACGACUUCUGCUCGACCCUCCGCCGCCUCUCCGACAACGUCUUUACCGAUGAAAUCCCGGAUGUAUACCCGCAGUUUGUUGUCGUCAUGCAGAUAUGGCGGGUCCUUGCUGCAACCAGGCGGCUUGGACAGGCCCAUGACAUCGACACACUGCUGCCACAUCGUCAAGCUAAGAAUCUAGUAGUCCACUGUCCAGUAUGCCCCGAACCGACUCUGAACAUUGAGGCGGGCUCUGCCACGCUACCUAUGGCCUUUCGUCAUCUGAACCAACUCCAGCUUACAGCUGAUGGGAAUCAUCACGCAAAUCAGUACAUGAAGAACACGGACCCUCUCAGCCGUUCUGUCUUCAAAGGACGCGCUUACUUUCCAGACGAAGAUAUGUAUCACGCAUACCUUGGUAGCCUUGGCCCUAACGAGACUGAAAAAUCGACUUGUAGUCACCUCAAUGCUGCUGAAAAGCAGGAUCGAAAAAAGUUCAAGCGGAUGCGAGUGACCGGCGUCGUCAAGAUCGAUUGCGCACAUCUGUUUGUGAAGGCUAUGGUGGAUCUACAGCUCGGUGAGAGGUUUGCUAACACGGACUAUGCCCUCCUUCGAGCCCUUCAACUGUACAAGAUGCCCGAGUCCCAGUUACCAUCCCCGCCCUUGGCUCUACCAGGACCAUCCGCCGCCACGGUGCCGUCACAGCAACAGCCGCCGCAACCUCCGCCUGCAACAUGGAAGUCCGCGUACUCCGACAUCGUCCUUUCAUACGACAUUGCUUGCGGAUAUGCUCGGAAUUUAUCUCAGCGUGCUACUCGCAACUUCGCGCCCUCUCUCGAGGCUUAUGUUGCAGGUAUCCGAACGAUCAUCCCGGCCGUUCACGUGCAGAACCACCAGGACAGUUGUAUGUACACCUACGGUCACGCUUACACCUCGAACAUUGGGCAUUUUCAUGGAGAAACGGCGGAGCAAUAUUGGGCGGAACUUAACCAACUGGGCCCGCAGGUCCGGCAGAUGAACAACGGUCAUCGCCAGGAUGUUAUCAACGACGCAAACGGGGAUUGGAACUGGAAAAAGCUUCGUCAAAUCCACUCUACGCUCGAGGAUGAGAUCAUGAAUGCCCGGAGCUUAUACUACCAGCAUCGCAUGAGCUUCUAUUCCCUCACUGUGCUCCACCUCACGCGUGUAUCGGAAUGGGAUAAGCUCGAUCGAGACGCUCGAAGGCAAGUGGGGAAGGACAUUGAAUGUGUGUAUAGCCAUUCUAAGCGGAAAAUUCCCUCGCAGCAGUCGAUCUUCGACGCCUUGCUCACCAAGGGUUCUCAUUCACUAAAGUUGCCACCUUCAUUGUCGGGAUCAUCUACAGUGAAGGACAUUUCGCUUUUUGUGAAUGAAGGCUUAUCUAUUCAAAUAGCUCAACACGACUUGAAGAUGAAGAUUUUGAUGAAUGAGAAGCACCCGAUGGCCUCGCUCGAGAAGGAGAUCCAAGGCGACUCAAAGAAGCUGCAAAAUAGAAUUGACAAGUGGCGUUCGGAGCAGAAGCUCUACACGCCAUUGGUGCUGGAUGAUGUGAACCGCCAGGUUGCAAAGAGCACACCCAUCUCCAGCGAAAUCCUUUACCUCCCAUCUGACUAUGAUUCGAAGAAGCGACAAGACCUCGGACUUGAUUUUCUGGUGCAGAUCGAGUCUGAACUCCGAGAAGGACUCGCAUUUGACACGAUCAUGUCCAUCCAGCAAUACGUGAAGACACUUGACGCUCUGUGGCUUCACAAGCGGUCAGACUGUCGUGGACAGGACCAGCACACAAGAGCAGCUGCCCAGAUCGAGCGUGUUACUGCACGACGUCAAGCCUUGAUUGAUCAGUACAACAUGAACAGGUCAGCAAUGAUCUCGUUGGGGUUAUCAACUCACGCUCGUAGCUUCCCACAUUUACGCAUCGAAGAUACGGAACGGCCGGCGACCAAGCUCAAGCGCUCGAUUGGAGAUUCAAAAAAGGUCAAGAACAUUCUUGGAACGGGCAUUCAGACAUCUAACCCGUCAAAGCACUCGUCCUCGAACUCUACAAGACACGAAGGGAGAAUGGACAUCGCCUCUUCGCAAGCGAAGGCUAUGCUAUCCCAGGUAGACUCGGGGCUCUUGAAGACGAUGAGUGUUAACGACGGAUGGAUUUGGAGGCUAGGAACGAUUGGAAAGCUUACUGAUGAGCAAAUUCGCGAAUGGGAGGAAGAAGGGGAUAAGGUGGCUUGGUUUCGUGCUGAGGCGGAAAUGGAACGUUGGAGAGAACAAUGGGAGAUCAAAUUGGUCGAGUGUAUCCGUUGCACCCGCUCGUUCCGAAGGAUGUCAGAUACCUGGGAGAAGCUUUCGUCGACCCCUGGAAUGGCCCUUUCGCAAUCUAUUUUCGCUAACAAGCAGGCACAUAUGUUCAGGAGGCUUGCAGAAAAAGUCGAAGCUGUUUUUACGCGAAUUCAAACGGAUGAACCUACUGGAUAUAGAGAAGGCGAACUAUUACUCGACUACAUCAAGAGACAUCGCUCAAUCGAACUUUCUAACUUCCAUGAUAGCUAUAGAUUUUGUGAAUCGAAUUAA